AUGGGCAUGAUGAUGUCUGAAAAGUCGACUUCAUCCUUACCACCGUCACCCCCGCUGAUCUCAACUCGACACGGCUCGCCCCCCUUGCAACCGCCGCGCAGCCCUUUGUUGAUCCCUGGCUCGCCCGGGUUCCCGCAUCAAGCGCAUUCCUACACGAGCUCGCCCGACAUGGACGAGUCGUCACGGCCACUAUUGUCCCGCGUGUCCUUCUCCUCGCCAACCUCACCGACAUCUGCGACCACCUCGGUGCACCUGCCCCGGUUGCCGUCGCGGCGGCGAUGGCCGGUGUUGAUGGUGCUGCUGGUGCUGAUCGUGUGCGGCGUUUGGUUGCAGCGCGACGGAACCGCCUCCGUUUCGCUACGACACGCCAAGACGGGUCUCAAACACCUCGGCAACAAGCUCAACGACAUGUCUGUCGUCAGCCCGUGGUCAGGUGCAGGCGCAGGGGGAGGCACAGAAGCGAUCGCGGCCGACGACGCCGAUUGGGACGACACGACCCAGGCCGACAUGACCAACCCCGCCUCCUCUCCGUCGAGGCCAACCGAGCCCGAACAACUCGAGGCCGUGGCCGAGCCCGAUAUGGAGCCGGAGCCAGAGGAACCGUCAACGUCAGAGACGCUCGAUGACGAUGGGGCAGAUCGGUCACAGGGCCUCGACAUGCCCUUGGACGUCGAUACAGGGAACAAGCAGUCUCAGGCGGACGAGACCACAGUCACGGGGAGCCAAAAGGAGAUCGAGGCGAAGGGAGAGGCCGCUGCGAACGAUGAGGACGCGUCGGAAGCAGCGCGUAUCACACCCUCGGCAGGCAACGAUUCUAAUGCUAAUGACACCGAGGCGAUGGAGCAGGCCGAGGAAGAGAUGGAGGAGGAGGACACCACCCUCAGCCAGCAUAAGCUCGAAUCACUGGUCCACGGGCGCAUACUCAACGUCAGGCCGUACCCGCGCGACCCGCCCAGAGACCCCAAAAUCGCCGCCACAAAACGCUACCUCGCCUUUGACAAUCAUUCCGGAUUCCAUAAUCGUAAGGGAACGAAUCUCGCGACACGCUGUCGCACCUCAUGCCGAACGCGGGCAGACGCGUCUCAGGUAGAGAGAAGCUGACUCAUUCGCCCGUUAAUCUUUCCACAGAGCGCAAAUCUCUCGUCAAUGCGCUCAUGCUCGCCAAAAUGCUGAAUCGAACGCUGUUGUUGCCUCCCGUCCGACUCGGCCGAGCACUCGCGUGGGGCCCUGAUGUAUGGCGCCGCAUCUUGUACGACGAAGAAUGCAAGGCCGGACUCCCCAAUCCCGACGCUGUGCAUAACCCCUGCAAGCAGGAAGAUUCGGACAAAUGGACCUACGUCGCAUGGUCGUAUCUUAUCCAACCAGGCUUGGUCAAAGACCGCGACAUCGUCGACCGCUGGAAUUCGUCCAUGAAAUGGGUCUUCCUGCCCUCCGAAGAAGGCGGCUUGGGCUUGACCGAAUCGGACGUGUACACCUUUGCCGACCCCGUUCGAAGAUCAUGGCAAUUCUACGACGAUAGCAAGACGCCGACCAACCUUGGACCGUUCGCGACUCGGGUGAACCUCGAGGAGCUCUUGACGGGGCCCAUGAGCGAGUAUCGCAUGAUCAAGUUCGGCAGCUUAUUCGGUGGUGGACGCAUGGUCACGACCAAACCCGAGAACGUGGCCGAUCGCAAAACCAUCGAUAGUGCGAUGAUCCUGCAGCAACCUGUUUUGGAUUUGAUCGCCGACAAGGUUCGCGAUCGACUCGGCUCCUAUUCGGCGGUUCACUUGCGCGUCGGAGAUGGAUUUUUCCUCGUGAGCCUCACUCCCGUUUCGAUGAACACUCCCACAUCCGGGUCUUAAGCUGACUUGCUCUACGUGUCGUCUUUCACAGCAAAAUAAAAUCAACAGCAUGGCGGGUGUCUUCCGGAAAGCCGUCAAGGGCAUGUUUAGGUUGCCACAAGUCGUCAUCACGGCUCUGCUCGACGAGACCGAAGAACGACAAAAGGCUUUGGCCGAAAGCAGCAAAACUGACAAGAAUGGCAAACAGGUGCAUACGAAACGCUCACUACCCGACAUCUACGCAUGGCACGGCCUCGCCGAAGAGGACGACGACGGGGACGAACCCUUCGAGAUCGAAGAGGCGUUCGUGCUUCCCCCUCCGAAACGAAGUCGGCGGUCGAAGCGUUCCUCGGCACGGCUGACGAAGCGGGCGCCCAUGUCAUCGACGCUCACUUGUCGCAAGCCUUUACACACCGAAAAACAUCUGCUCGCUCUCAACAGUCCCCUCUACAUCGCGACCGAUUCUCGAAACCCUCUCGACGACCCCGCCCUGCUCCCUUUCUUCGACCAUUUCCCUUGCGCUUUCCUCCUCAACGAUUUCGCCGCCGUCAGCAAAUACAACUCUGAACCCGUCGAGGAACUCGUUCACCUUGUGGAGGGUAGACUCAAGAGCGAAUGGGACGGUCAAAACCUCGCGCGAUACUUCUUUGGUUUCUUGGAAGCCGAGAUCGCGGCGAGGGCCACCAAGGUCGUUGGGACACCUGGUUCGACGUUCAGUGGGUACACUAGCGGAAUCCUGCACAAGACCUACGUGGCACAUGGGCUUACGUCGCCGGCGGCGUGA